CUAGAGCAUAGGGCAAGUCAUUUCAAGAAUCUGCACGCAUCUCGACCACAAACAAAGCGCUAAUAGUAAUCUUGCUCGCCGCUGAAAAAAAAAAAAGAAUUGUAGAGAGCAAGAACGAACACUUCUUCAUGAUUCUUCGAGCGCUGAUGAUUGAAAUCGAACACUGAUAUCCGGAAGUCAAGCUUGUCCUAGCGAAGGAGAUUGUUUAAGAUACAGUGGGAAAAUCUCAGACCUUUCUUUGGUGAGUAGUUACGAAAAUUCAAGAAAUCUUUAAGACUUAUGUACAGAAAGAUAUUGUUUUACUAAUGAAAGUCGUGUAGAAUUUACAAUUCUCACCGUAGAGCCAUCGGCGUUACAGUGAAGAGAGACGAACGUUCAAUUAAUUCAAACAUACAUUGGUUAAGUUCCCUUGGCAUCCAUUUCCAAAGCUCAAUGAUGCCACGCAUUUGAAAUAAUCAUGCCCUUUUCUUGCCCCUGUGGUUUUGUAACUCGUUACUAUAGUUUAAGAUAAUAAAGCAUCGGGGACACCAAAUUUGACCCGAAAAAGGAAAGCCUCCUGAGAUACAGUUGGUUGACGCACUCUUGCCACUUCAAUUUGGAAGUAUUCAAGGUAAAUUCCACCUUUGUGAGUUUAUCGGCGCCAAGUUUUCCUACUAUGAGUUUUACAUCACUGGCUAACUCAUCGGCGUCAUCAGUGUGUGUAAUCAUCAUGUCAUGGUAACGCCUUAAAUGAAGUAAUAAGUAAUUUACACAAUUGGCCGAGUUACUAUUUUAUAUCUUGGUGGACAGCCAAAGCAAUUUUCAAAUCAAGCUUUACUUUCAAACAGGUCAGAGUUCCCAAAGCUGUCCAUCUGGUACUUGUUAAGUUCAAAACCAAAUAUCACCAUAAUUCACUUGUUUAGAGGGGUUUUGUAUACAGCUGACCGUUCAAACGCGUUUCCUUUGCUAUUUCCGUCUUCUCUUAGGUUUCAUAAUAUUGUUUUUAAUGUUAAAGAAUAGCCCACUAACGCAGCUGAGACCUUACGUCAAAAGAGAAAUUAUCAGUGAUGGAUUACUUGAUGCUGUUUUUUUCAUCCUGUUUGUAAAGACCCUUUUCAGUACCCCGCAAAGUUCUCCUUAAAAAAAAAUUGUUUAUCGGAUUAUUACGUUGUAUAUGUUAAAAGGACUGACAAACGCUUUAGAAUUAUUCACUGGGUCACUAUAAGGCCACUCAGGGCAGUUUUCUUCCAGGACUUCGUGUAAGAAACUCUUACAGCUGUACAUGCUAGUGCGAUUAAAAACCUCGAUCAAGGCAUCUUAAGAUUUUUUACGUAGAAUGAACGGCGUGAUGGAAGUCCAAGGGUUCUAAGUAUCUCUAGAGCUUAUGAAGGGAAACUUUGUGGCCGUAAGCUGCUACAUACUGUAAAGUCAUCAGCUGAAAUGAAAUACAGUUCUGUCAUUAUUACUACAGUUUCACUUUAAGCCUGUGUAAUAAAGCUUAACAAAUGUAAUACAAUUGCCUAUGUAUCGGGAGGCUUUUAACAAAUCCAUAUAUUUUUGUGAAAGCAGCCAUUUUUUUCACGUGCUAUCUGAUUCAAAGCAUAUCAGUGUUGAUAGAAAUGUUAUUCGUUGUGGUGGUUUGCAAGCGAGGUUUAUUCAAGACAUGAAAAGUUUUGCACGUGCAAAGAGACAAAACGUGAUCUUCACGAGGGGAUGUGGGGAAAAAGAUUCAGUCAAAAUCAUUUUAAUAAGCUUAGAAGCCUUGAUCAGAUGAUCAUGAUUUCUGCCUAAGCCUACUGACCAAGCCUCUGGGAUACUAAGUGGAUUUUAUUUUAAUCUUUUCUUUCCCUCUUGAUCGUUUUGAUAAGGUCAAGCGUUUUUCAUCAUCAUAACUGAUUGACGUUCGGCAUAUAAUUUGUCUUCACAGCUGAACCUUGACACAGUGCGCUAGAUCUCUAGAUCUCUGUAUUUUUAGCUCUCUGAGUCUCAUAUUCAAUCAUUUCAAUGCUUCGGAAAGUAUUUAGUUUCAAAUUGAAGGGACAACCUGACACUCACAUGCGAAUCUUGAGUCAAUGCACGUGUCGCCUGAAUGAAUGCAGUGUGCAGUGUGUCUUUCGAAGCUUUCCUUGUAUGUAACAUAUAAGCAUGUUUAUUUAAUCUUCGAUCAGCUAACUUCAAACCACAUCUGGGAUUUUUAUAUUUUACAUAUAACAUUCCUGAAAUAUUGAAUCUAUUUCGAGUACAUUUCUUCUUGGCUACGAAAUGACUUGAUUCACUCACCCCUCACUGAGAGUGAAUUCCCUUAAAUUGUUCGUACCCAGACCCCAGUUAUAUUUUUCGGCGAAAUCCGUUGUGAUAGCAUCAACUUUUUUUUUCAGAUUUUUUUUUUUGACUCUUGUAACGGACUCUUCCGAAAGCGGGUACUGGUCGUAGUCUAAAUUGAAUGUUGAAUUCGCACAAUUUUCAAUCUCCAUUGAGAUUCUUGCGAACUCUUUUGGCAAAGAAACAGACGUUGGUAGUCGGACCUGACCUGUAACCUGAAUUAGUGCUAAGUUCUGGAAUCGAGAAACAGGGGGAAGAGAAACAUUAUUUUAAGUUUUAAGUUUCAUACAAUUUAUAUCUUCUUCUCCUCUCCCCAUCCCAGAGAUUAGCCCCUCGAUUCGUUCUAUUUUAUCUCAGACCUGUUAGCAAGGGUUGAUUUUCGCGAUAUAAUUUGUUUUGCCACUGAAUGCCGCUUGUAAACCAGGAACUUCUGCUUAAUGCUACGUACGUCUCAUGCAAAAAGGAUGGAGCAAAAGUAAGUCCCCACGAAUACUAAACAGACACAGCUUUUUUAUAAAUGCAUGGUACGAGGACUCAAUAAGUAUCACAAACUUAAAGAUAUUUCUCCGAGUGAAGAGCCACUAAUUAACUGAUUGUCAAGUAAACAUUAUCGCCGCGUGGGCCUUUUCAAACGUUUUCGUAAUUUUAAAAGUUUCAAUUCUGUGCUCACAAAACACAUGCGCCAUUAAGUGGCUCACUUUCGUAUGCGCUUCUCUGAUUGGUUGAGUCCACGUGGUGUUAUUGUAUUCCGCGUCUGUUUGGACACGGAUCGUGACCUUCCUUAUCUCACACAAUGAAUAACUCUCACUGCAGUGUCAAUUACAUGUCACGGUCCGCUUAAGCGGGAGCGUCAAUCCAAUUUCUAACCAGAACAUUUUUCUUGUAUUUCACCAUAAAGCAGAUAAAGUUCCCUUACAAUUUUUUUCAUACCCGCAGUUUCAGGUAUAUUAAGGAUUGCGAAGCUCAGAGAGGGUAAAAGACAAUAGAUGUCUCAAGAGGCAGAUGUGCUUAUUGUUAGCAAGUCGCUUUUGGCAGCUGCGUCGCCCGCGUGUUGUGGAAUUUGCAUACCGUACGGUGACUGUAUGUCGCACAUUUUAUAUCCACAAUGUACUUUAAAUAGUCGGUUUUGAAAAAUAAAGGUGUCUCAGAACUUCUGACGGGAUGAAACAAGAUUUUUGUGCCCCUGCGUGACGGCGAAAAUAGUUUUAAGCAUGAGUCAUCUUGCAACAAACAAUAGUCGAAAUUUAAGAACAAUACAUCUGACUCUCGCGCGUUUGUUGACGGACUGUCACAAAUCUGUCAAUUGUUUGAAGGGCAAGUCGAGGCGAGUUCAGUCACAAGUGUGUUAUCUGUUUGUACCACGCGGUCUUCAAAACACGUAUCGAUUUCAAUUCAUCCGAAAUGCAUAUUCGCCUCUGUCGUCAGCCAGCGUGGGAACAAAAUACCUUCACAGAAAGAGUUAAAGAGCUUUGCGUCAAGGUAGGAAAACAAUCCUGUUUUUGAACGGAUAUAUUUUGUCAAACGAAGGAGAUGAGACAGAUUUUCGGUAAUUGAAAAUUUCUGCUUUUGUUCGAAGACAGUAAAUUGCUUGAGGCUGUCACGUCGAACCGAGAAGGAGGAGUGUGUGCUGUUUUCCAGAGCUUUUCUUCACACACUAUGAAAAUGUUGUUCGUUGGGGAUUUUUUUUAAGCAUUACAAAGGAAUGUUAUUGACAUAGAAGUGCUAUGCCACUCAGUCAAAUGCUUGUUUAGAGUGAAGGCAUCGAACUAGAGAGAGCUCUGUUCGGACCACACACCGAAACCUGUGAAGGAGGAAAAAAAUGGUAAACACGUCGGAAGGUUUUUUUUUGUGGAACCACUCUGAAUUACUACAACGGAAAUUGGGUCAAUAAUUUCCUAAUCUACGCAACGUAAAAAUCAGAUGAACAUAUUAAACCAUAGUGCGUUUAGUCCUUGUAAUUGAAAUCAAAACCUGUUUCAAUCUAAUCGAAUUCAGGGUUGUGUUAUAUAUUCUAGAAAGUUUUUAAAUUCCUCACAGUAAUGUGCGUAGAGGAGAACUAUUGUUGUUUAUUUUCAUAACUGAGGUCGGCUUAACAACAUCCGUAGCUCGGCAGACUAAACGGUGUUCCACAUGUGUAUUUUUGUGAUUCCAUUUUAGAAUGACAGUCACAUCGCCUGUGUUAAUUCCUUUUUGAUCUGAUUUAUAGCUUUUUAAGCUUUACUUUAUCGUAUGCUUGAACUUCAGCUUCAUGUGUGACGCAUUUUUAAAAAAAUGCACUCUUGUGAUAUUUUUCAGUUGCCCGAAAUUUACAUUUUUACUUGCGGGUGGGCUGUGUUGUCAAUAUCUGCCAGGCUGGAAGGCAACUCGAGAGGAUGUCUGUAACUUGUUUGAAAAUGAAAGUUGCUUCUUAACUACAAUGUAAUAUCACUUGUAAUCGAGUUUCUUCUCUAAUUGAAAUAGUAGGGUGAUUUCAUCCUUAUUUAUAGAUUACAAAACAUUUAUCAACACUGAUUUUAAUUCGAGGGAAAGGAAGGGAAUUUUUUAAACGGGUCAAGUGCUUUAAAUAUAAUUUUUAUUUCGCCAUUACCGCGAUUGCCUUUGCUUAACUAAAACCAGAUGAUUUGGUUCUAGGGUUUAAAGUUUUAACAUUCGAUUUUUCCAUAGCCAGUGGUAGAUUGUUUUCGAUUUCAAAUGUUUUCAACAAGAUUUAUCUAAACAGCCUUUGAAUAAACAGGCUCUAGCUUGUCGAAACAGAGUUCUUGAGCUCUAAGAAUACGGAGAAAACCGUUUCUAAUCUAUGAAUGUCUAGAAAGCAACGUGUAUCUGGCGGCCUAUUUAUAGACAGAAAGGUACAAUAACCUUGAGUGUUUCCUAAUAUCAAGAUUGGAAUUAAUGGUAUUUUUAUCUUUGUGAAUUAAUUUGCGUAAGGAAACAUGCGAAAUUUUCACAAGUUUCUCGGUGGCUCUUCAUCAAAAUAUAGUCUGUGCUUCAUGCUCAGGGCCAUUUUUAUCUGUUACUUGAAGAAUCAGUGGCGACUUUCAGAUCAGGGAAGAGAUCUGUGUCCUGUUAAGGAAAUUAAAUGCUUCGUUGCACUCGAGGAUAUCGGCAGAAACUCGGCCCUUACAAGUAGUAAAGAGGAAAACAUCGAUUUAUUACGUAGUAAGAAUGGUUUUCAAAUGAAAGAUAGUAAGGAAAGCGUGUGUGGAACCUGUCGGAACUAUUCUGCUAUCAACAAGCGUGUGUACCUCUUAAUUUCUCCCUCAAGGAAGGGAGAAGUUUUUCGUAAUAUUACUUUUUUUUUGUAACAUUUGUCACAAUUCCAAAAUCCAGGAUCUCGUCACUCACAAGCUCUCAGGGACCUAUAAGGACCUUAGCAAUCAACUUUUUAAUCUAACGAGACUUCGUCUUUUAUUUCGUCUGACCUAUUUCCGGAAUGUCUAGUGCAAGCUCGGAAGAAAAAAAUCUCUCUUACCAUUCCGAGAUUUUUGCAAAAGCAUUCAGGCACAAUGCAACUCAUAGUAACUGAGAGCAUUCUUUAUGACAUCCAUCUUGGUCGAAUAUGUUUCGUCUUCACUGGCGACCGGUCUAAAGGUCCAAUCUCUCUGAAUUAAUUGCUCCAAUUAGUUAGUCCGUUGUUACCUGUGAAAAAGAAAUACUUGUUCUCUUGAGUAUGCACUUCAAACGCUGCAUAAGUGAAAGUACAGCUUAGUAACAGAAUAUCGUGGACGACCGCGGCUGGUUUUCAGGACGAGGAUUCAAUUUUUCAGUUGCACAUUAUUAGCAACCUCACCUAAUUCUGCUGAAUUGUUUGCUUUUUUUACUGUGGCAUCUCUUUUCGGUUUUAUUUGUUGCUAGGAAUGUUUCAAUCGGUCCCUUGUUUACAACAUCGUGGAACUCGGUACUUGAAGCUGAAGGUCAAAAUUAAUUGAUAAAUCAAAUUAAUGUCAAAAUGACUCGGUCGUGAGAAAAAAGUUCAGAGGAGUUGAGUAGAUUUGACGGCUGCAGCUGUUUGACUAUGUUGAGAAUGAUUGCAAUUUAGAAUUAGUUUUCACGGAAAUUCUGGUGGUUCGCUCCCCAAACAGAAACACACUUUAUUUUUGUUCUGUAAAAAUGGUCGUCGGCUAAAAUAGGAAACACUCAGAGGAAAAGGCAUCGAAUAUAAAUGAGCGAUUCAUUAUUUGAGCAUUCAGACGCGACAUUUUUCUUCUGUUCAAAGUCUUUCAACGCUGAAGUUGCAGAGCCGGUCGAGAGUGAUUUAGCGCGAAGAUCACUUGAUGAGAAGAAAGUGACUGCGGUAGUCGUUUAUAGUGUGGUUCGAUUUGCGAAACGAUGAUAUGUGAUUAAAAUUAGCUGCUUUAGUGAGUGUGCCAUUGUUGAAUGGAGUAUAGAAGUGUGGAUCAUCUCGUUAUAAAUAUAGUAAGGAAGAUGUUGUUACUGUGGCAACAGAACUUGAUCAGCAGAUUUAGGAUUGUUCCCGCCAAAGGGCGGUUAUUUCACCCCACUCGGCGCCCUUCAUAAAGGGAAAACUUGUGUUCUUACAUCAGACAUUCAAUAUGAGAAAGUUCGUUGGCGAAAAUGGUUUUGGCGCCUUUAGUUAAACAAAUAUGUACAGACGGAUUUUACACUCGACUGUGAAAACAAUGUCGUUAUCUUUAUUGGCGCGCUCAAGAGUUUUAUUCCCCAGGCAAAGCGCGGAGAGACGUGUCAGCCGCCAUCAAAUCCUCAAGUUCCAAUUGUUUUUUUUCAACCCGGUAGCCCAAUUGCAAGCUCGUAAAUUUGGCUUGGCCUAUAAUCUAGACGAAAAUAACCUGAACGGUGACCUUUUGGUUAAAAUGGGCGUGGAAAUUUUUGUAAUAGAUGCAAAUUUUGACGAUAUGCGGACAGCUAUUGAACUUGUUAAAAAGAUUGGCCCGAUGCUUAUUAUUUCAAAUUCUUAAAGAUAAUAUUUAUGUAAGGCCAACGUCAACUUCAUGGGGCGAGAUUCAGGAGAAUGAAUUUCACCAACAGAAGGUAAAAUCAACAUUGCUUUAAAAGGCUGUUCUUAACUUUGUGUUGAAUGCGACCACCAGCGGUAGGUCUUACAUAGAGGCCUUACAUCAGUUCACAACAGGUUAAAACUGACCAGUUUGGUACAUAACUUUAUUAUGAACAGAGCGGUUGGGCCAUUACGCUUAAAUAGCGCGCCAGCGGAACUCAAAAACGUUUGGUACAUGUAAGAUAUCUCAUACCUCCAGAUCACCUAUUGUUGUUGGUAGCAGACUGUUUGUUGCGCAGUUAGGUGAGUAGAUGUAGAAAUAGCGUUUGUAUUGUUGCGGGUAGACGAUUUUAACCGUUUUAUCAAAGGUGUAUCAGUUCCUACAAUUCUGUGAUUUGUGUGGAAGUCGAAUCAGCCACAUUUACUGCGGUUCAGUUCUAAAGAACUCAGUAUUUCUACGGUAGUUUCUUUAGGAGAAUAAUUUUGUGCACGUGGCAAAUGCACAAUAUUAUGUUCAUUUGGCGGACGUGAGCUUCAGCCGGCAACUGUUCGUUUGAUUUGAAUUGUUUCGUCUACUAAUGUUAACCAAAUGUUUCGAACGUCCUUCGUCUUCGUUCACUGUGUGCGCUGGCUGCCAUCCAAUCGAGAGCGUGAAUUAAUGUUACUGUGACAAAAUUUAGGAGGACAAACCUAAUUUCAAACUUAACGACGGAAAUGAAAAUUAUUCCAGAUACUCAAAUUUUUUUUCAUGAUUCUGUUAUGCUUGUUAGAAAAGGCUCAAAGUCGAAUUUUAAAAAAUUGAUAAUUGAUAAUUUCUCAAAGUAGAGGGUCCAUGGUGUUCCUGUUUUAGUUUUCAGAUGUUUUAAUUCUGUCGUGUAGUCGUUCUAUGAAAUGACGAUAUCUUCAAGUUUUGUCAGCGGCUUGCAUCAGGAAAUGUAGAUGUGUACAGUAAAGGGGGCCAUAUUGGUCCAUAUCACGUUCUUCGGCAACAGUGAAGUAAAAGUACUUAAGACAGAUUUUCUCAUCAUUAGUUGUGCAGUUUGUUGAGAUUUUGAGAGAGUCUGAAAUUAGUUUUAUCCACAAUGACUGCGUCUUAGGGCUAAGCAAAUGUUUCCUAAGCAGAUUUGUGUAUUAUGGAAAGCUGAAAAGGGCUUCCUUCCAUAGGGUUUCUGUGCCGUUUUGGAGGCCGCGCCCUGAAACUUCUUAUUACUCACGUAAGGGAUCACAAUUUCUCGCUUUGGAAUAUUAACCAACAGUAUAUUUAAAGUACUAUUUGCUUUAUAUUUGUUUGAAUUUAUUAUGGCCAAUUGGUGUAUCGUUGCAGAGGUACAAGAAGAUGAGGAAAAUAUCGUUCUGUUCGUACGCUAAGUUCGUUGUUUAAAAGCUAUGUUGGUAGUUUAUUCACCUGUGUGUCUGUGCAACAGAGUAAUGUACAAACCGGAAUAUUGGCGCACAUUAACAUCACUUUUAUAAGGUUGAAGGAAUACGUGUGUGAUAAGCAUUUGUAAUAAAGACUGGGGAAAGUUGUAGAAUGCGGUCCCACGUGAUUCGCGGCUUUUAUAAACAUCCGGACCAGUAUUUUCACGAGCGAACUACUUAAGACAAAAAGGAAUUCAGAUUUUGAGCCGAAAAGAAAGUGAGCUUUGCUGUGAAUAUCAAUUUUUCGUAGCUCAAAGGAUUGCUAUAUUGAUGAGUUCAAGGGGUUUUUGAACCAGCGCCAAGCUUUUGGAAACGUGCUCGUGAAAGUUUAUCGACUGGUGCCUAAUAGAAUCUUUUUUACCCCGAGCUAAGCCCUUCUUGUCACGACACAGUUGAUAGAAGUCUUUUUCAGGGUUAUUUUUCUGGUGACCAUAUUCUUCAACAAAGAUCUUUUAUUUGAUAAAUUUCCUUAGACGCUGAAGAUAAAGAAAAGAUUGAUCCAAAAGCCUGUUAAAUGCGACACCUGGAACACAACGCAACGCAUGUUCAGCGGCAAACCUGCCAAUCAACGUCGUGCUCUUGUGGUUUUCCCACGGUAUUUUCCCGCGCAUAGUGCUACUGAUCUAACGGGUUUAUCUACGGGUCCUGUGCUUUUUUCAAAGUGCUAAUUAAGAUUAUCUGAAUAGGAAGUCCUGUAACUCUUGAGAAACCAACAUUUCGUUAUUCUGUCAUCAAUAGAGCCUAUUUAGUAUUGGUCGUGGGAAAGUUAAAAUUCUUCAAUAUGGUGACAAGCUACAUUAGCGACUAAUAUUGGCAGGCCGCUUAUGUAUGGUCGAAUUAAGUUUAAGUCGCUGCCUAAUCGAUCGAGGAAAAUUUCGUGGGCUUUGCUCCAGACGAGAUAGAAAAGAAGGCACUAAACGGAACUGAAAAUAAUACACUGUUACUGCUCAAGUAAGUCUCACAUUCGGAUCUUUUUUAGUGCCCGGCUUGCUUUAAGAACCUGUUUUCUAUAAGUUGUUCAUGAAUUUUCUGUCAACAGAACUAAGGAGUUUUGGCGCAGUCUUGAGAGAGAAAGAUCUUUCUAUUGUAGUUAGUUUGGAUCAAUUUAAUCAGUUAUCCAUUGCUCUUAAAAAACUGAGAGGCCAAAAUUAUUUUACCAUAGGGUAGCACGCUCUCCUGGAGUUUUCGUUUUGUUGUUAAUUUUCUCGCGGUCUUUUUUCCCGCCAAUUGUCUGUCACAAAACUAUCAACUAUGUGCAAAUGACUACAGGUGGCCGUAGUUUAUUGUGUCUUUUGUAGAACAAUUCUCUGGGGUAAUUUUUAGGAAACAAAGUUAAGUUAUAAUCCACAGAUUUAAGAUAAAGUGAGUUUAAGUCGGGUUUCUAUCAUGAAUUUCAUAUUUUUGAAUUUUAUACUUGUUUUCGAAACCGAAAACACGUUGUGUACGUAAGUUUAACGAAAGCGAAAAUAUUGUAACUUCGAGAUGUCGCCUUUCGGUACAUAAAUUUGCGAGACUACUGUAUCUACCAUUUUCCCACAGUUGGCGUGUUAGUUCGACUCAGUCAACCGUUAUAAAAAGGAGUCUACUUUCAAACAAACCCUCGGCAAACUUGCUUGAUUCUUUUGAAAUGUCAACGUCACUAAGAGAUUUACGUCAGUUUGAACAAGGAGAGUCAUUGAACCCUGACGUUUUUUUUUUUCAUAUUUGGUUCGACCGAUAUUUGCUGAGCACGUUGAUACUUUUAGACGCUUUUCGUUGUCGCUUUUAACGAGCUUUUCGCUAGCUUUAUUCAAUGUAUUUGAAAUGAGUCCUGUUUGUUUGUCUUCCUUUGUGGCCAUACGAAGCCAUUUGAAGUCGAAGGUCCGUAUGUAAUUCAACUGUCAGUGUCGUCAUCUCAGCCUAUUUCGUUUGAAAUAUUAACUUAUUUUCCAAUGGAGUCGUUAAUAAGAGGAUGCUCUUUUAAAUUAGGACGGCUGCGAAAGGUAUGCUCACAGUAAAUCUGUCAGUAGCAUUUUACACUGAUAGAGCGAAAGGAAUUAAGUGGGGUUUUUCAAAUUUCUAAGUGUACAUGUAAAGUUGUCAUGUUUUUACACAUUGAUUAUGCGGUCCGUGUUAAUGUGGUGAUGUGUAAAGAGGUUAAGCCAAUUUCCUGUUUUUCAAAGGAUAUCAAAAUAUUGAUUUUUCCCUAUUCCGAGACCGCCAUGGAGUUGUUAUUCAAAUUUUAUCCAUCAGGGUAGGAUGAUUUUUCUCGUGAAGAGGCGAAUGGUUUAGAUGGCUGCUUGAAAAUUAUGUUCUGGUUGGUCAUUCAAGUAAAACGAACCUUUCUGAGUAUUGUUUUAAUGAUUUCCAUUCCUCAACUACCUUCCUUUGAAAGGAUUUCUAUAGCGUUUAUUCUUGUGGUCAUAAGUGAAUCACACCAAUGGUAUUGUACUUGUAACAUGAAGACUGUAGUAUGAAUUAAUUUUCAUUUAUUUUCAGUAUUUUGCUUGCGUAGAAUAGCCUAAUUGUGCCAGUUUGCAAGGUUUCCCCUUAAUCAGUUUUUUUAAACCAGUUUGCAAGGGUUCUGCACAAUGUUUGAUUUAUUUUUUCUCUCCGCUUCCAACAGAAUUUAACGGGAUUUUAAGUUGACUGAAGGAGCACGAAUGGCUGAGAGGAACUUUUCUGAUAGCGACAAAGGGACUGUGUGACUGUGUUAACGAUUGAGGAAGAAGGUUCAAAUUUUAAGCGGAGUGACUGCAUUAAAAUCGAUCGUCCUCUACAGCUUGAGGAAAUACAAAGUGAAACAGUACAAGUAAAAAUACUCCUUCAAGACAAUAAGGAAAAUGACGAUGCAAAAACUGAUGAAAUUCAAAGAGCGGAACACGAAAGCUCUACUUCCGCGGAACAAGAAGAGUUAGGCAAUUCAGCGGGAGGUCGUUAUAACGAACAACCAUGUGGAGAGAGUGCAGCGGAAAUAGCUCCAAUGAUAGAAAAGGAUAGACUGAAUGAAAAUACAGAUCUAGAACUUACCGUAACAGUCGCCAUAGAAGAAAAAGAAAUUUUACUCGAAGGCGAAACCACCAUUGUGAAUAUGGCGGACCAAGCUGAAAGCGUUUGUAUCGAGAUGGAAAGUACAGCGGAUACAGAGGGAAAAGAUACUGAAAAAAGUUGUGAUAAGUCACCUUCGGACACAACAACUCUAUACUUCUCUGAAAGCGACAGCGCAGAGGUUGAAAGUGAUGUUUGUAGGAUAUGCCAUAGUAGCGACGAGACUGAAAUCUUAAUUAGCCCCUGUCUGUGUACUGGAUCUGUUAAGUUCGUACAUCAUUCGUGUUUAAUGAGCUGGCUACAGAGAGCCGUUAUGAGCAAAUGUGAACUGUGUUUGUACCCGUUAGCGGUCAAACGAAAGAGGAAGCCGUUUAGCAAGGUGAGUUUGCUAUUUAGGUCUCUCAUUGAAAUAUAGGAGUAUUUUUCGGGCCCUAGCGCGUUUAAUUUGCCCCGUUAGCCCUCUUUCAGAUCCCCAGCUGUGAAUGCUGUGGAUUCUAUGUCCAUGUAAAUGUGCACUCUUUGUCAAGUGUUUAUUGCACAAAACCCAUUUAGAUGGCUGAAAAUGGCUGUACACAGUUUUCGUUUUUUAAACUUGAUAGUUUGUAUUUAGAGCUAAUCAGCUGAAUCGCUUAAACAGAUCAAGCUAUCAGCUUCAUAAUUUUGAAUUUCCUCGGGUUUUUUCUCGGCAUCCGUAGCUUUGAGAGGAACAUACACAAUUCCUGCUAUUCCCCUGUCAGAUUUGCUUCCAUUUUCGAGAAAGUCUGUUUUAGCAAACGAAACAAAGAAAAAUUUGCGCGCUCAAAACUCCUAACGUUCAACCAGCGACACUCGAUAAGAAUUCAUUAAGAAACAUGGUAAACAAACAGUGUGGAACGACAGGUGGUCUAUUGUUUAAUCAUGAACAUCCCUCGUUUAUCUGUUGGGGUUUUCAAGGUCGUUGUUGUCUUAAAGUGCAGAAUAUUAGGAUACGUGCAGUUGGUUUUGCUAUGUUCAUGUUCCUUGCUAGAAUGUGGUCGGAUCUUCCCAGAACUACAUUUAGCAACCGCGUAAACAGCCUAUAUACCAAUACAGGGUAUGUUAGUAUAUACGCGAACAGAUGAUAGCGUUGAAGACACUCUGAUUGGCUAAUAAAACUCUUGCUUUCACUCCCUAUUCACCUCUUAGCAACUCGUGCGGGAUUUGCGCACGAAAGUAAUCGUUACAGGAAUAAAUUAGUUAAGAUCAUCUUUUUGUGCUAUAUUAUCUCUCGCUGUUUUCUCGUAUAGUUAAACAACCAUCCACCUCAGUGUACCUGGCGUAUGAUGACAGUUGUUAUAUGUGGGUGCUAACUGAGGGGAAAUUUAGAUCAAAUCCGGAAUUUUUUUGCCCAUGCGUGUGCCUUGCAAUUUCUGGCUAACGCGUCAUAUCUUUUUCCCUUUAUUAGUGGCGUCUCCCAGAAGACAAGCCUUUUCCCAUACUGUGGCUGUUAACGUUUGUCAUAGCAAUGACGCUGAACGUGGCCUCCAUAGCUAAAGACGGUAGCCAGAGGUGUGUGUCUAAUCCGUGUAUCAUUUUCUACGUGGUGGGUUCCGCUGGAGCGCUCCUGGGACUCGCUUUCUUCUACCGCUGGCUGCGCAAGACUGUGCGCUACGUCUCUAAAUGGAUUGCACUCAACCAAGAAUGGACGUUAGUGGGUCCACCAGACUUGAGGACUCAGAUGGGGCAAACAAAUCUUGCCUACUCCACAAAAUCGCUUUCAGAGACUGAGACAACUCAAGAACAGGUUGCGUAGUCAGUAGUGUUUCAAUGUUGGAAAGACAACACUAUGUACAGCCCUUCUUUUGCCUUGGGUACCUCGUGGUCUUCGACUUAAAACCGCUUCCACUAUACGUCGUAUCCCUGAAAUUACCUAUAAAACUUUGUUUAAAUGUGAUUGUUCAUUAUGCCCUCAAUGACUUUAAAGAUUGAUUUUUUCAGUCUGUUACUCGAAAGUAUGCCCGAAGGCAUAUUUUGAAAACAAAAAUGAAAGAGUAGAGGAGCAGGUUCUGGAAACCUAACCAGUCUGUUUUGUACCUUUAACUGACAGUGUUAGUGUAUAAUUUUCAAAAGUUUUGAAACUCUCAUCCCGAGUGAAAGCAGAACUGCUUCUCGGAGCGUUAAGUUACCAGGACCUUUGAAAAACGGGCCCCAAGCCACUGAGAAAGACCCGGAGAUUUCAAAGAACUCCUGAACCAAAAUAAAGUAAAUGUAGUUUAAAAUUUAUCGACACUCCAACUCUUUAAUUUAUUUUCAAACGUGAAGUUCUUCUGCUGAAUUUAUACAGUUCAUCCACUGACGUUAUAAAGCAAUUUUAAGAUAUUAAAUUAUACUUAAAUUAUUGAAAGAUCUAUGAAAAAUUCAAGCAUGAUACAAAAUGAAAAAUACGUUCACUAUAUAUUUUGAAAGAGUGAUAAUUUCAAGAGAAGUAUUACUGAAGUUUAUAAUUAUUGUUAAAGAAGCUAUAUUUCAAAUGUUUACGAUUACUGUACAUGUGUUUGGUUGAGUUUUGAAUAAAAUGGGAAAAGCGCAACGUUUUGACGAGACAUCAUAUGUUUAGUCCUUGACAUUCUAACAUAAAAAUGAAAGUUCUCCAUACUGUUCUGUGUACAUUUUCCAUGGUACUUCCAGGAGGAAUUUGUCUGACAAUCAAGAGCUUCUUGAAUUUACGACCAUUUUCUUUAUACUUACGACCUUGAUGUCUGAUUUUGAAAAGAACCAUAGGGAAAUUAAAUGCUUU